GUGUAAAGUGGCUUAGUGAGAGAUGAAUGCAGGCAACACAGCCCCUCACCGGCUUCCAUUGAGCUGAAACUGUUAAUUUUAUCGAUCGAUUAUCGGAUAAGGAUGAUACUAGUCAACGGCUUCCUAGAACUUAGAAGCUAUUAGCUGAAACGCUAAGGUUAUUUCAUUUAACGCUACAACUUAUGCAGCAGCUAGCUAGUAAGGAGCUAGCUGGGCAAGUGAGGAGCGAGCUGAGUCACUUUUGAUGACCUGGAGUUCUUCACAACAGCGAAGGACAGGCUAAGAUGGAAAACUGCAAUGGGGAGGACAUUGUAGAAACACCCGAGCUGCCUCUGGAGAUCAUCGUCUACAUCCUGAGCUUUCUCCACGCCUCAGACAGGAAGGAAGCCUCUCUGGUCUGCCGCAGCUGGUACUAUGCCAGUCAGGACCUGCACUUUCAGAAGAAUGUCACCUUCAGCUUCCCGGCCUCAGCCUCGUCCCUGGAGCUGAUCAGGGGUCUGGGCAGAAAGUCAUGCUGCAGUCUGAUUAUUAGCCAGCUCGAUGGCUUCAGUAUGUCCAGGUCACUGCUUCUGGAGGUGGGUCUGUGCUUGGGCCCUAAGUUGGAGGGCUUGGCCCUGCCUGGUAGCAGUAUAACAGAGGCCUCUUUGCUGGCCCUCCUCCCUCGGCUGACCUCGCUCCGCAGGCUGGACCUCAGGGGCCUGGACAGCCUCUUCAUGUCCGGGGCUUUCCUCUCCAGGGAGGAGCACAGGCAGCAGGUCAGGUCGGCUCUGUCCGGUCUGGAGGAGCUGGACCUGUCUGACCUUCGUUACCUCUCCGACCUCACCUUCAAUCGGCUCACCGGCUGCACCCCUCGCCUACGCCGCCUCUCGCUGGCUGGCUGCCAUAUUGCCUUCGAGUUCGACCCAUAUCGAGGGUGCCCAGUGGGAGCCGUUAAGGAUUCGUCUGCACUGCUGUCACUGAGGAACUUGCGGAGGUUGUUAACAGAGCAGAAAUCCACCCUCAUAGCUCUGGACCUCAGCAGAACCUCAAUCACUCCUGAGUCACUACGCACUAUUGCACAGGUUCAGGGUUUGGUUUUAGAGGAACUGUCUCUGCAUGGCUGUAAGGAGCUGACCGACUACUCAGUGGAGGCUCUGGUGAAACACCAGUCGAGCCUCCAGAAACUGGACAUCAGUGCCUGCACUGAGCUGACCAGCAGGUCUGUGGAGGCCAUAGCACAUUCCCUGAAGUCACUGACACACCUCUCCCUGUCCCGCGACUGGAGGAUCACUGAAAAAGGCCUCGCUGACCUUCUGUCUGUGUCGACCCUGAAGAGUCUGGAUCUGUCUGAGUGUCUGCACGUCAGCGGCACAGAAAUAGUAAAUGGCUUGACGGGAUCUGGUGUUACCAGAGCGCAGCUGGAGACACUCAGCCUCAAGAGCUGCACCUACAUCAGGGAUCUUGCAGUUUUCUCUCUCACCCAGCUUCUUGGGGAUACGCUCCGUGAGCUCGACCUGACGUCGUGUGUCAAUGUGACUGACCUGUCUGUGCGCGCUAUAGCCACAUACCUGCAGAAGCUGGUGGUUCUGCGGCUCGCCUGGUGUAAAGAAGUCACAGACUGGGGUCUGCUGGGGAUGGUGGAAACAACCAGAUGUGAGCCUGACGAGGAGACGGGAGACAAAGGUCCCAAGUUCACCCGCACCUUUGGCAACAUGGGCUUCUUCAAGCCUCCUCGUUUGCCGUUUGACGAGCGACCCAAGCUGGUGACGCAGAAUGACCUGCAGCAGUUCAGACAGCAGGCUGGAGCUUCACUUUUAGCUCUUAACAGGCUGCAGGAGCUGGACCUCUCCGCCUGCUCCAAACUCACUGACAGCAGCAUCACACAGGUGGUGCAUUACCCAGACCUUCGGCGUCUGUCUCUCUCCAUGCUGCCGGAGAUCACUGACGCCAGCUUGGCGUCGGUAGGCUGGCACUGCCGCAGCCUCACUAGCCUGGCACUCAGCCAGUGCCCGGGUAUUAGUGACCGUGGAGUGGCACAGGCUGCACCGUACCUGCACAGGCUGCAGCAUCUUUACCUCUCCUGUUGUAAUAACAUCACUGACAGGUCCUUGUUCCUCCUGGUGCAGCACUGUAAACGUCUGCAAACACUCGACAUCUCAAGGUGCAAAAACAUCUCUGUAACAGCGGUGGACCUCCUUCAGUCGAAGCUGCCCUUCUUGGAAAAUGUCAACUACAAGUUCAUAGGUGGGGCUGAUCUUACUCUUAACACUCUGACUGACUGACUGAAUGUCCUGGAUGACUGUUGGUCCUUUUAAAUAACAAAAACCCGCUGAUUGAAAGCCUUUUCCAAGAGUUGAGCUUUUGCACAUUUCAGCAAUUUGCACAAGAACUGAGGGACAUGUUGAACAGUGGGAGCUACUGUAAAACCUUCUACCUAUACAUCACACUGUAAGUGAUUUUGUUAAGUCACUUCAGUGUGAGACAGGUACCAUUGUUUGAAACUAAUGUGGAAAUAUUUCUGCCUGUACAGUGAACAUUUCAUGUUUUUUCAUGCUUGGAUUCAAAAAUCCAAACAGGGUAGACAAAACUUUAUCUGACUGAAAACCACUAACCACAUUCAACAAUGAUUAAGCGUAGAUGUGGUGUUUAUGCUCGUUUAUGUGGUGCAUCAUCACAGAGGGUUGUGUUCAAUUAUCUUGUUAAAACCAAAAGAAACCCGAAAACUGACUCACAGCUGCCGCAGUAAGAAGAACAUAUUCUCACAGUAUUUUAUUACAUUGAGAAUGUGGAUUGUUGUCUUGUAUAUUUGUUGUUAGGGGGCAGAUUUCAUCCAAUAUAUUAACUGUUACAAGCUGCUUUUACCUACACUAAAAGGUAUCUCAGAUAAUAUUGACAUCGCUAAAGAUUAGCAGAAAAACAAAAUUAAAAUGCUACCCAUAAGAUUUUUUUUAGAUUGAAUGUACAUUGAUACAAUAUAUAAUAAUGCAAAUAUAUAUUUAUUAAUUUUGUACUAAUUCAACCAAAAUUGAAAGAUGAAUCGGACUUACUUUUCUUACAUUUUACUUUUUUGAUGCUGGUUAACGAGUACAUUUCUGUUGUGUUUUGAGCAGUAAAAGAAGGUAUGAUUUAAUUGUGUAAUUGUGAAAUGCUCUGUGUAUUUUUGAUGGCAGUGCUUUUAAUUUUUUGAAAAUUUAUUUUUUUAACAAAACAGGAAAAAUAUUUUUUCUUACAAUGACGCUCUGUGUUGCCGAAGUUCAGCUGAUUGUGAAAUGGAAAUGGAAAUAGUGGUCCUCAUAAUUUCCUCAACUUCAAUGUUUAGACCAAAGUAAAGGCUGUCAUUCUUCAGGCAAAGGUAAAUGACAGUAAGGUUUUUAUUUAGCAUUGUCUCUUCAGAAGAAGGUCAGCAGUGUGCCUGCCUCCAUUUAUUGCCACAGUUUUAAUUAUUUAAGGGUUCCGUUAAGCGUUAUCAGAUGUGAUUAACAUGUAGCCAUAUUGAGUCUCAAAUUUGAAGGAAUUUAUUGACUGGGAGUUAUUUGCCACAGAAAAAAAUGCCACAUCAUUUUUUUUACUGUGCAUUUGCUGUUACAGCUGCUGUUAUUACUGGACAAGCUUACCAUAACAUUACAAACUUUAGUGUUGAACCAACUUAAAUCCAUCUGAAGGACUAUCUUUUUGUCUGUUGUCUUGGCCUACCACUAUGGCCUAAUUAUAGAAAUAAUAUCUCUUUAUAUUGUAUGUUCACUGUUGAAUAAUUUUGUACUGCUGUAACACUGUAUGCUGCACUAUGACAGAGAUAGAAUGAUACACUGUAAAGACCUUAAGUCAAGGAUCAAAGAUUUUACAAAUAAACCAACUGCUAAUAGCAAAACACACAAUGCUUGUUUUCUCGCAGUACAAAUCAAACUGUUUAUUCAUGUUAAGUCACCACAAGCAUGUGAUUUAAAGUAGAGAUCAUCACAGAGUUGUGUGUAAGGAAUGCACCGCAACGAACAGUGAAGUAACCUUGUGCCAGAAAUGGGAGAAAUCACUCAAACUGUAUACUGCAGACGUGUUUCAGUUGUUGUGUAGCUGCUUUGAGUGUCACUGCUGAGCCCUUGGUGAGUACUGAGCAUGUUGCCACCAUCAUAUUAAAAUAAAUGCCUUUGUCUAGAAUUGUAGACAAGACUAGUGUUAAACUUCAUUCAAGAUCCUUUUAAAGAUAGUUAUAAAUCGGUAUUGCAGGAAUAAGUCCAUUUUGACGGACAGGUCAGAUCUCACCACACACACUCCUCUUA